GGAGGGUCGGAUCCUGUGGAGAGGGGAGAUCUCUGCACAAUUAAAUCCCUCAGAACUGGCCACGCUGUAGAAUUGUACAGCAGACUGUGCAUCUCCAAUUAGUGCUGCACACACAGGGAUUGGACCUGCAGUGACAUUCCCCUGUGGAAUGCACUCAGAUGUGCAGAGAUUCCCCAUCUUGAUCUGAGGCCUUCCUGAUGCACAGAAAGUUUGUGCUGAGAUUAUCAGAGAUUAAUAUAUUUAUAGUUGUUUUAUUUGUGUUUUCAUUGAGAGUAACUCAUUUGGAUACCAAAUAUCAGUCAAACAACGUUAUACAUUGUUAGUUUCAUUUUAGUAAGUUUAUUUACUCUUUUUACUUGAAAAACAAAUGAAGUGGGAAAAGCUUUUUUUAUUACAGAAGUAUAAUUUCUUUCCAGCCAGACUUAGCCUGGGAGUUUGUACAAAGGUUUUUUACAUAUAUUUGGAACAAAAAAGUUAUGUACUAACCCUCCAUGUUCUGCCUCAGAAGGCUUGGAAUUUACGAUGCUGAGGCUACAUUUGUCAGAGAUAUUAUACAGGAGAACUGAGCAAUCUGGAGAAAGGACAGAAGAAAAUGUCCCAUCACCUCCUGAGCCAUUCUAUUGCAAACCACCAGGGUGGGAGAUCUGAAGUGAGCAGCAGCAGCAGAGACCUGAAGGAAUGUUUGAGUCGGGGCUGGUGUGUGAGGCUGGGAUGUUCAUGGUUAAUGCCCCAAAGAAUGGAGCAUUUGCAGGAACUGCCCAAGGGCAGAGGGGCACAGCCCCAGCCCGGGCUGCAGUUCCCUGUUGGACAAGAUAAGGGAAGAGGCUGAUAAGAGACAAAUGCUGCCAAGUGCCAUGGUCAGCCUGCAGUUAGCCUGCAGAUGUUCAUCCCCUCUGAUGGGCCAUAAUUGCCCUCUCAACUGCACCUACAAGCAGUUGUGUCACAAGUAAACAAAUACACUCAGGUGUCCUGUGAUCCCUGAUCCAUAAUCUGCAGAGUUACAUCAUCCAGAGUAAAAGUCCCUGCCCCAGGGGAGGUACCUGGCUGGUCCCACCAAGCCUGAACAUUUUAUUAACCCUGGAACUUUGUGCUUCCUGUGCUUCCCUCACCCCAGGUCAAUCAUCACCGUGGAAUUGCAACCUCCCAGUCUUGUUGGAAGAUCCAUGGGUGCUGGGAUCUUUCUCCUCUUACCCUUUCCUACCCUUUCUUUUCCUUAGGCAUUCUUGAAGUAUUAUUUUUGUGCUUCUGUAUUGCUGUGUUACAGUAGAUAAUAACCAAAGCAGCGCCACUGCAACCAAAUUGUUCUAAAAUAAACCCCAUAUCUAUAUAUAUGUGUAUAUAUAUUUAUAAUCACCAUUUAAUCAGCAUUGUUUCACUCUAAUCAGCCCCAAGGGCUCAAUUAACAAGAACCUGGUUCACCCUCAUGUCGCAGCAGAGACUGACACAUGACACGACAUUAGAGGUUCAUGUGGCAACAGGAAAUUUUUUUUUUUUUUUAAUUACAGUUCCCUUUGUACGUUUUCAGAAAGCCCACACAGUUGGGCCUGAUUGGCUGGAUUUAGUUACCACCCAUUUUACUGGCCAAAGCUGUCUGCAUCCCUAAUGGCCUAGGCUGGUUCCCCAACGGCAUAGAGUGUUGAGGUAUAAUUGGGAUUAUAACUGUGAGGCCUGCAGGCCAGCUGUUAGCCACCAUAGUUCCCCCUUUCUGUUUUUAAAUACUAACACAAUGUUUGUUGUCUCCUGCAGGGCCCUUUGCAGACAGGAUGACAAACACUGCACAAUGCCAAAAAUAAUUGACACAAAUUAUAAGCCUAGGUAGGAUGAGGCUCUGCAUCAGACUUGAUAAGUCUAGCCUUACCAGUUGUUGUGUAUCCCAAAUACCAUCAAAAAGGAUUUUUCAAGCAUGUCCGAGAGCCAUCAAGCAUGGCUUCUUAGGGUGGUAUGCCCCACACUAUUCACAUUCAUAACCCAAUUACACAAACAAAAUUGCAUUUAACUUGCUUACAAAUGGUUAAACUUUAAAAACUAUCGUGCUUCUACUUUUGAUAUGUCCCAGCUGGGUUAGACUUACAGGGACAGUUUGCUGUCACGUGACCUUGUUGCCUACAUCCAUAACACCGGUGUGUUAACAGGAGCUGCAAAAGAAUCUGUCCUAGAUUGCAAAGCAAGAUGUCACCAAAAGUAUGUAUUCUAUUACCAUCUGUUAAAACCAGGUGGGGCAGUGUUCUUUAUCUCUUCCACAACUAAUCCUCCCUCCUGGAGAUAUCUUCUGUUAAUGGGCCAUUGAGUGUCACCACCUGACUGAUAAAAUUCCAUCAUCCCAUUGUGAGAUGCUCCAGGAGGACUGCAGCCACCCCUUAGUCAGACUGCUACCAACACCCUGUCAGGUUCUAUUCUGACUAUGUCAGUGGGGUUUUUUUGUACUACUGCAUUUUAUUUUAAUUUUCCUAUUAAAUGGUAGGGUUUUCUUAAAUUUAUACAUACCAGUAAAGAACUGUUACUCCUAUUCUCAUAUCUUUGCCUGAGAGCCCCUUAAAUUCUAAACUAUAAUAAUUCAGAGGGAGGGGGUUUACAUUUUCCAGUUCAAGGGAGGCUCCUGCCUUCAUUCUGUCCUUCAAACCAAGACAGAAUCGGCUAACUAAGCAAUACUCCCUGAUUCCAUCCCAACUUUAGCACAUGCAUAAAUAAAUUUAUUUAAGGAUGGUUUUUCUUUUGGUAACAAAUCUAGCCCUUUUGCAGUCCUCAUUUGCAUUAUCCUAUGCCAAUUUUCAGUCAAUUGAUUUCUUGCAUCAUUAUUUAUUUUUUGCUUUUCCCUGGCAUCUUGUGUCCUCUAUGAAUUGCAUGUAUGGUUCCUUGGGGCCUUGUUUGAUCGUGGAAUACUUCUGGGUCGGUGUUGCCAUGUCUGCAACAUUCAGCAGGGCUUGUAUCCCCAAGUCUUUUGCCUGUACUAAUAUUUAAGGAUGUAGGGAGGAUUGUCAACAGGGGGCAGUCCCAUAAGCUGAGAAACCCUAGCCCCAAAGCGUGGAUCUUGCUGCGGUACCUCUAAAUUGCACAGCUCUUGAUCCUCUGCAUAUCGCUGCCAGGUGUACUUAAACAUCAUUUACUGAACUGGGGUACAUCUUCACUAUCUGUUUAAUAUCAGAAGGUGUCGUCUCAUUGGCAGUAAGAAACAGGAACAUCCUUGCUACUGCCAGAGACCCCAGCGCGUGUUUGGCAGCUGGCCGGCACAGUUCAGGGAGGCCCUGCCAUUUGAGGGAAACAUACUUGUCACGUGUGUACCAGUCGCAUCUCAGCACUGGGAAAGCUCCAAUUGUCCUGCCCAGAGGCUUUGAGCCCCCCUAUGACAUUGGGGCCGUGGGCACAGAGAUCUUUUCUGCACAUUUGAGAUUCCCAUCCGCAACGGCAAUCAGCUUUACCUGCCUCCAGAAGCUGACAGGAUCGUAGGUAGAGAUGGUGACUGGUACUGGUGGUGCGGCAGAAGCGUCCCCAUGCCAAUUGGUAAGAGUGUGAUAGCUUGGGUUCCCCCCAUUAAAAUGUUUGAGUUUAAUCAUGGAAAGCAUCCCUUGGACUUCCCAAGGCCUGGUUGUGGAUGUGGCAGGGUAUGAUGUCUCACGGUCCCGGGCACCGGCAACCUCCAUCAGCGCUGGGUGCCUCUUGACUUCUGGGCUCUGCUCGUGUGCUGAUCCUGUUGGUGGGUGCGCCAAGCGGUGUCUGGGCUGCCCGCUCAGCUGCAGGCAGGGGCGUGCCAAGCACAUUAACGGCAAUGCAGAGCCCAGUGGCACGGCGCAGGCGGUUUCAGGUGCUGCACAAACACAUCCGUUGCCCCCAGUGGCGGGGUUAUGGCGGUGUGUCGGGAUGGUGCUGCAGGGACAGGGGGCUCUGGUAACAGCCACUUCCCUCUCGGUUUCUUGCCCGUCGUCUCUGCCCGCACACCUGAGGUGGCAUUCACUCCUGCCUUGGAUUCCCCCUGCCCUCUCUCCUUACGAGACAAUCCACUGGGUGGUGCCCACAGUGCUUCAGCUGCAGCUUUCGCGCUCUGGUCAGCUUUUAUCGGUUUUAAAGUGUCCAGUACCAAACACCAGGUCGUUUAAAAGUCUUGAGUUGAUUUGUUGCCUUGUGAGGCAGAGUCAAAUACCAGAUCACCAGCCCGCUCCCAUGUUUGUACAUUAAAAGCAGCUUCUGUGGCUGUGCCCAGUCCGUGUCUCUUACACCAUGACAGCGAGGCUUGUAGAGACUGUUCAUAAUAUUUUAUCCCAGACUGGACGAAAAGAGGGUUCAUCCCUGUACAACAGCCUUUUCCUCCAAUGAGACUUGCGUCCUCAUGUUCCCUGUGGACACUUUCUCUACUUGCAAUGGUCGGGACUCUGCAGCUCUACUUACUCCUGGCAGCUCACCUGGCUGCCUCUCUGCUGGGCUCCAUCUCCCUGCUCUCAGCACAGCAGCCUGCUGCCGAUCACAUUGGGUAUCACCACCUCUUGCAGUCAAGAUGGACACAUGACAUGACACUUGACGUUCAUUUGACAACAGCAAAUUUUUGGUGCAUGCAGUUCCCUUUUGUAAGAGAUGGUCUGAAGUUUCCCUCAUUUGCCUCAUGACCGUCGCAAGGACAGAGACUAAGAUGCUGAAGACCCCGACUGGAGUCCUGGCCUGGUUGAGGUGGAUGCUUGCCAAGUGAUUGUUUUGCAGGUCUGCAUGCUGUGCUGCCACGGUACACUGCUUCAGGCAGGGACUGGUGAGGAGCAGCUUGGUCUGUAUGCUUUCGCCUGCUUCAUGGAGCAACAGGUCUCAUCACAAUAGCCUAUGAAUUUCCCCACCUCUUGGCCAGAUGCCACUCGCUUUAGACAAAGACUAUAAACAAGUAACUUUCUAGGGUAACUUUGGUGAUCCCCCACAGAAUGAAGAUGAGUCUGUUGGCUGGACCACGACUUUAUCUCUCCCUUGGUAGCUAUAACCCCCCUUCUCUCUCUCUGUCCUUUACUUUGUUUCCUUAAUAUCUCUCUCUCCUCUGUCGCAUAAUUGUUGUUGGCUCUCAGUAAAGGUGCACUGCUGUGAUUAAAUUGAAAGUCCCCUGCUGUGUAUCUUUUGCACUCUGAGAUCAGUAAAACGAACCAUCAUGACCCCUACUUGUACUGGCAGAUCGUGACACCUUUAUAUAGUUUCAGAAAGCCUGUGUGGUUGGUCCUGAUUGGCUGGAUUUGGUUACCAACCAGCUUACUGGCCAAUAGCUGUCUGCAUCUCUAACGGCUUGUUCUGGAUUGCAAGGCAGGAUGUAUUCUAUUACCCUCUGUAUGGCAGUUGUCUAGGUGUUAAGUGGGCAAUUUCCCCUUAUCUCUCUCCCUGAGAGAUCACAAUCACUCCUCCCUCAGCAGGGGGCAUCCCGUGAUAAGAGGCUGUUGAAUGUCACUGCAUGGCUGAUAAGAACUGUAACAUCCCCUUGUGAGAUGCUCCGCCCAGAGGGAGGAGCCAAGCAUUGCUAUCCAGAUAUAAUCAGGAGAUUCUGACACACCAGCACAGCUUCUCCACUGGAUUCACCAGAGGAACAGCAGCUGCUUCUACUUCCACGGAUCUGCGGAGGAAGAAUCACCCUUUUUCUACAGGACCCCCCUGCUCCAACAGAACCACACCUGACACCUCAGGAGGACUGCAGCCACUUUUCCAGUUGGACUGCUGCCAGCACCCUGACCAACAGGGUGUCAGGAAGGCCAGCUCACCUCUCCCGUGGGGACAGUGGCACCAACGUAUAAAUGGCCUCCAAACGGUACUCGCAGUCUGCAGGCCCUGUGAUUUUCAAGAAGCUGCCUCGUCUGGCGCCCGCCCCCAGCUUCCUGCCCAGCAAAAUCCCAGGCACAUCCAGCCCCGUGCCCCAGCCUGGCUCUGAAAACCAUUUCAGCUACAAGGGCUCCUACUUUGCCUGCCCGCUGCAGAGCCCCGAGGGCCCCAAGCAGCCCCCGGCUGGCUGGAGCCCCACGCCCGCCUACCUGCACUACGGCCCCGGUGCCCUGAGCCAGCCUGUGCCGGCCGAGGGGCCACUGCUGGGCUUCCUGCUGUACCCACCAGACAGCCUGGGCUCCAGGCUGCAGCCCCCGGACACCCAGAAGAGCAAGGACAGCCUGAGCCAUGAGCAGCUUAUGGCCAGAAAUAAGCUGGAAAGUCCUAGGUGCCCCUUGCCAGUGAAGAAGCCAGUAGUGGUGAAGAAGGCAGCUCCUCUAGCAGUCCCCAAGCCCAUGUACGGAGCCCCUGCCUCCUUCCUGGCUCCCAGGAUGGCUCUCCUGCUGGGUACACAAGCAGAGAGCCUGAAGCAGCAGCGACCAGGGGACACAAACUGGGCCCUGCCCCCUGCCACCCACCCUCUGCACCCCAGCGAGCCCCACAAGAGUGGUUCCAGCACCGACCACAGACUCCUGCCACUGCCCUCCAGCCUGGCCCUGCCUUCCAGGGAGCAGCUGAGCUCCCCCACUGCCUUAACCCACUAUUGCGUCACCUUUGAUAAGUAUGGGCCAUCCCCCAGCAGCCCAUUCCUGGAAGCAAGUUGUCCCUCUGCCCAGAGCCAGAAGAAUGUGCCAGAGGUGCCCAGCCUCAGCCUGGAGCCCUGGCCCAAGCUGCAGCCAGCUGACAGCAGCCCAGUGAUCCAGGAGAGGUCAGCAAUGUGCUACCCACCUCCCCCCUACCCGCUGUCACCCCACAGAUCUGGCCCCCUCUACCACCCCCCAGCUCCCACUGAGGGAGAGCCCAGUGCCCUGCCCAGCUUUGGCUACGUGGGAAGCAGGGAGCCCUUGGCCAGCACCUACCUCAAGGCCCAGGAGCCCAGGAGUUACUUUCCCAGCCCCUGGGAGCCCUACGUGCCCAGGACAGCGGGUGCCAGGCUGGGGGCAGCGCUGAGGGAUGCUGAGCCGGCCAGGGAUGCCGAGCUGCCCAGGAACAGCGGGCACCCAGGGUUUGCCAUCAGCCCGGGCCAUGCAUCCAUGUUCCACGGCUCCUUUCCCGGCACGGAGCCGGGCUGGGAGCAGCACAGGGCAGGCAGUCCGCAGUGGCGAGCUGCACCAAGGCACAGCAGUGCUUUCCAGCCUGUCUGCACCUCAGAGAAGCUUUCUGGGGGCUCUGCUGGGCUCGCUGAGACAUUUCCUGAGAGAGGAGGGAGCUGGGAGAAUCCCAGGCAAGGGGAGGAGGAGCCGCUGUAUCCAGGGAGGAGGAGCAGCAGCGCAGCCCCUCAGGACACCCCCCGUGGGGGACCAGGGGAAGAAAAUGCCUGCAAGGUCAUGGAUCCAGCCAAGGAGCUCCUCUGCCCUUCUCCGUCCGUGACCCCCAUCAAAGGGCUGGAAGAUCUGAGGGACACCAAGGCUUUGUCAUCCUCCCCACCAAUGCCUGUGAUCCACAACGUCUUCAGCCUGGCACCUUACCAGGAGUACCUGGAGAAGGCCAAGGGCACCGACCCCAUCCUGUUCUGCAGGAAGCAUCUGUGGGAGGACUCCUCAGCCCAAAACACGGCUGGCAGCCAGGAGCCUGCUGCCCUCAGAGACGUCUCGCUGGUGUCCAGCCUGAGGGCCGGCAGUGAUGCAGUGCAGAGCCAAGGGGAAAGCUCUUACAGGAGCAUCCCAAAAAAGCCAAAGCCUGUGCCCCCAGAGCUGGAGUCUCAGGAGAGCAGCCCUGACAGGGAGGGCACCGAGGAGUCACCCUCUAAGGACAUGGUGCUGGACCUUAGCUUCAAGAAGAGACUGGUGGAAGCUGGGGACACCCAGAGACCCCCUGGCUGUGUGGAGGGGACACUGGAGCGAGAGGAGAAGGAGGAGAGAGAAGCUGCAGGAGGGAAAGUGGGGCUGGGAGAGGGGGCUCAGCCCCAGGUGCCUGAGGCAGACUCUGGGGACAGGAGCAGCUUCCAGAGCUCAGCCAACUUCAUGUUCCAAAAAUACAAGCUGCUGCCCUCCCUCCCAGCCAGCACUGAGCCCCCCCAGCAGGACGGCAGCUCUCAAGCCCCCCAGCCCAGCCCCCCCAGCACCACCCCCACUCCAGCUCCCCCAGCCUCCUCUCCAUCCAGCAACCCCCCGUUCCCACCGCCUAGCCCCCAGCUCAGCAUCAUCCUAGCCCCAAACCCUGCCCAGACUGUGCUUCCCACAGCCCCCUCCACUCCAGAGGAGGAGAAGGUGGUGGUGGUCAAGAAGGUUGGUGUCCUCUCACAGGCCCCCUCGAGGCAGUACUUCAGCACCCUGCACACCUUGCUCUGUGACACCAUUUCGGACUCGGUGUCCCGCUCCUCCCCGGAGCUCCUGCGGCAGUGGCUGAAGAAGGCUGAGCUGGCAGAAGAGCUGGGGGAGAUGCCCAAAUCCUUGCCCAGCCCCAAAGAUGGCUCCAAGGCUCCCAAUCCUCAGAAGCCCAGCAAUGGCAAGGAGAUCUGGCUGGCUUUCCAGGACGUGGCCGAGCUCCUCACCAAACUGCUCUCCCAGCUGAAGACCUUCAUGUCCGCUUGCCCUUUCCCUCAUGUCGUCCGGGCAGGAGCCAUCUUCAUCCCCAUCCACGUGGUGAAGGAGAAGCUCUUCCCAAAGCUCCCCGGGAUCUUCGUGGACCAAGUGCUGCAGAAGCACAAGGUGGAGCUGCGUCCCACCACCCUCUCAGAGGAGAGGCACCUGAGGGACCUGGAGCUGAAGAGCUGCACCUCCCGCAUGCUGAAGCUCCUGGCGAUCAAGUGGCUUCCCGAAAUCUACCCUGACCUGCUCAACCUCCACUGGCACAACUCCGUCCAGCAGCAGCUUGAUUCAAGCUCAGAGACUGGCCAGCAGCCUUCCAAGUAGCCCUGGCCUGGAGGCACUGAAAACUGAUGGCAAAGCAACAGCCACAGAGAGAUCAAGGAAAAAGUAGGCACUGAGGAAUGUGCCAAGGGCAACAGCCAAAUGAUGAAGGGAAUGGGAAAGUCCUGAGUCCCCAGAGCCGGGAAUGGGAAAGUCCUGAGUCCCCAGAGCCGAGGAUGCCGAGGAUGCUGACACCACCAGCAGCCCUGCAGGCAGGUCCCACUGGCAUCAGGAUCAUCCAGGAUGCUGAUACCUUGGCAGGAACCCUCUGGGGAUGCUGCUCAGGGUGGAGAACAGCUCGGGGUGCUCCAGGGACAUACACAGGGAUGCUGCUGGCAGGUUUUCUGGGCCUGCAGGCAUGGGCUCGAGUCCCUCAUGGCAGCUGGAGCUACUUUUCUUUGAAUGGAUCAUCUUUCAGUGCAUCUCCCACCUCCAUCCAUGAUUGCCCUGGUGAGCUGAGAGGGAAUGGCUGGAGUUCCAGUGGAGCUGGAGCAAGAGGAGUGUGGAAAUGGCCACAGCACCGUCCCCAGCCUUGGAAAAUGGGACUGCAGGGAUGACAUCCCACCUCCUCCUCUCUCCUCUGAAUCCCCCUCCUGCUUUAUCCAUGCUUUUCCCAAUAAACAUCCCCUUCCUAUGGGAUUUUCACCUUUAAAGUGCCACCAAGACCUGGCACAACAGCAAGGGCAAGGGAAUCGUGACUUCCAUAGUCCCAGGACUAAGUUGGUUUUGUGAAAAAUGAAAACAUUUUACAAAUGUUCUGGAUUAACCUUUAUAAGGAGCUGCUGCCUUCAGGUCAUGUGUUUUGGGUUGGUUUUUUCUUUAAAUACAGUAAUUUAUACAUGUCUUUUAAUUUAAACUAAAAGACUGCAAGAAACUCUUAAAGAGACUCUUAAGGAAAAGAAAACCAAAUCACUUAACGUCCCCGAUCCUGUCCCAAAGGAGAACGUGGGAGAUGCACGUUUAGGGACCACCUUGGUGGAGACUGAAGGAGCAGAGAGGGGAAUGAUGCUGCCAGACCUUGGAAGGAGGGAUCCUUUCAUCUCAAAGGGUUAUGGGCAUGCCAGGAGGGAUGUGGGCAUGCCAGGACUAAUGGACAGCCCCUCACCCUGCGGGGCUGCAGCCGGGUACACAGCAGAGGCCUUAAAAAUUCAUCUCUCAGGUGUUCUUCAAGGAGAAGAACAAAACAAGGGUUAUUCUAAUUUUUUAUUUCACUACAGGAAAUAUUUAUUUUAAACUAAGAAGAUGGGGUGGGGGAGGGUAGGUGGAAAUGACCCCACCAGAACUGUACUUAUUUUAGCCAAAAGGUGUGUUUGCUACUGGGGGAUUUCUGUGGGUGCCUUCCUGGUUUUCCGUGGGGUGGCUGUGGAUGUGAGGGAGAUGCUGCUCCUCACAACCCCCCACACCUGCAUGCCGGUGCACAGUGAUUUGGAAAGCAGUGUUUGUUAAUAAUGUUGGUUUUGUACAUAUAUAAGGUUCCAGGGAAGAAAGUUCCUUCCCUUUAUUUAAUUUUUUUUGUAAGAAUAUGAAGAGUUCCCUCA